AUGUCCACAUUUGCGCGCUCCUCAUUCUCAGCCAAGUCUUAUGCGGCCUUCCGUCCUACAUACCCGCCGGUCCUGUUUAGGACAGUGCUGAAAUACCAUCAACUGCCCACGCCAUCGGGGACACUGCUGGACCUAGGAUGCGGCCACGGUCUCAUUUCGCGGGACUUGAGCCCGCAUUUCAAGUCCAUCACAGCAAUUGACCCUUCAGCUGGAAUGAUCAGCCAGGCAAAGGCAAUGACCAUAGAGUCCAACAUCACAUUCCGCCAAGGGUCUGCAGAGGACCUAGCGUUCGUGCCUGACGCGUCUAUAGACAUGGCCGUCGCCGGACAGGCCGCACACUGGUUUGAUUAUGGAAAAGUCUGGCCCAACCUCGCCCGGGUCGUGAAGCCGGGCGGCACAAUGGCAUUCUGGGGGUACAAGGACAAUGUUCUGCUCGGAUACGAGAAAGCCACGGAGAUCAUGGAGCACUUCGUCUACGGCUUUGGAGAGGUCGCCCCGGGGUUUGAGGGUAUGGGCAAGUACUGGGAGCAGCCAGGACGCAGCAUUCUGCGGGAUCUGCUCCGGACCGUCGUCCCACCAGAGGCCGACUGGAACAGCAUCGAGAGGCUCGAGCACGAACCCUGGGAGACGGGGCACCCGGAGGAGGUCGCGUGGCAGACCAAGAAAAUGAAGCUCGGCGAGGUAGAGGCUUAUAGCCGCACCUUUAGCUGCUUCUCCAAUUGGAGGGAAGCCUUCCCGGAGAAGAAAAGCAGAGCCGAGGGAGGAGAUGGCGACGUCGUUGAUGUUAUGUGGGAUCGCAUGCUAGAUGCUGUGCCUGAAUGGAAAGCGAUGGGCGACAGGUGGAAAGAGGCCGAUGUUGUGUCGGAUUGGGGGACCUACCUGCUGAUGGCCAGAAGGCGAUGA